AUGGAAUCGAUCAUCACACAAAUCACGUCGCUGGCGGAGGCCGCCGACGAGGCUGGCCGACAAACGAUACUGACCAGUCUUCAACAGCUUCAGUCUCAGCUUGAAAGUCCGAUGGACACGUUGAUGAAGUUGUAUAACUCGCAAAUCCAAAUCAGCGUGUUAUAUGUUGGGGUCCAGUUGGGCCUGUUCAAGCACCUUGCUGAAAAUGCUUCGUCGCCUGUGAGCGUGGCACAGCUCGCUGAGAGGUCGGGCGCAAGUCCUGAACUGCUCCGACGACUACUUCGAUAUCUUGCCUCCUUGGGAUUCGUCUUGAACCCAUCCCCAGAUCACUAUCAAGCUAAUAAGCUCACACGUUUUCUUGCCAGCCCUCAGAUUGAUGCUGGUAUGGUUCACGGAUUCGACACCUGCGGACCGGCCGCCAGCGCACUGCCUGCCUUUCUUGAGGAAACAUCAUACGCAGACAUCUCAUCGAACACCAAGACUCCGUUCCAGAAAGGACACAGCACCGAGCUCGGUGGGUUCGACUGGCUCAAGCAGCACCCGAAAAACUUCAACGCCCUUCAAGUUUCCAUGACGGCAAUUCAGAACUCGGAUUGGCUCAAAGGCCUGAAUGUGCUCGACCAGGCGGCCCGGCAGGUCACGCAAGGCUCUGAGAAACCGUUCUUUGUGGACGUUGGUGGUGGCCACGGUCACCAGUGCAAGCAACUUCUCGAAAAGUAUCCCAAUCUUCACGGCACAAUUGUCCUGCAAGAUCUUCCUCAGGCUGUGAGUGGAUUGCCGCCGAUCGAGGGCGUAAAGGUCACGACGCAGAACUUCUUCGAAAAGCAGUCUGUUCAGGGGUCAAGGUUCUACUACCUCCGUCGUAUCAUGCAUGAUUGGCCAGAUGAUGACUGUGUGUCCAUUCUGUCCAGAUUGGCGGAGGCAAUGGGUAGCGAUUCGCAGAUACUGGCGGAUGAAGUGUUCAUGCCCGAUACCAAUGUGCCAUGGCAAGCGUCGCUGCAGGAUGUCUGGAUGAAUGUCUUGUUCGCAGGAAAGGAACGCACACGGACGGAAUGGGAACAUUUGAUUGAGAGGUCAGGCUUGAAGCUGGUCGAUGUUCGGACGUACAAUGCAUCCUCAUGUUCUUCGGUGCUUGUGUUGGAGAAGGCGUGAGCAUGUCUGAGUGGUUGCUAGAAAACAUACCGCCUAGCUGGUUAGUACUUGCCUACCUGUAUAUAAAUAAAUGACACCCGCCUCAAGUGAUAUCCCG